AUGUCGACUGUGGAUCUCCGCGUCGGCAAUAAAUAUCGCAUUGGCCGAAAGAUCGGUGGCGGAUCUUUCGGCGAUGUAUACCUCGGUACCAACAUCAUCUCGGGAGAGGAGAUCGCAAUCAAGCUCGAAAGCGUCAAGGCCAAGCAUCCGCAACUCGAAUACGAGGCACGUGUUUACAAGUCACUUGCCGGCGGCGUGGGAAUACCCUUCGUACGAUGGUACGGCACCGAAUGCGACUACAAUGCCAUGGUCUACGACCUUCUCGGACCCAGUUUGGAAGAUCUGUUCAACUUUUGCAACCGCAACUUUUCUCUCAAAACCGUCCUUCUCCUUGUCGACCAGUUGAUCUCUCGGGUUGAAUAUGUCCAUGCCAAGUCCUUCAUCCAUCGGGACAUUAAACCGGAUAACUUCUUAAUGGGUAUCGGCAAGCGAGGAAAUCAGGUCAACGCCAUCGACUUCGGUUUGGCCAAGAAAUAUCGCGACCCAAAAACACAUUUCCACAUCCCAUACCGCGAGAAUAAGAACCUGACUGGGACCGCGCGCUACGCAUCUAUCAACACACACCUCGGCGUUGAACAGUCACGGCGGGAUGAUAUGGAAUCCCUUGGCUAUGUCAUCCUCUACUUCACUCGCGGCUCCCUGCCUUGGCAAGGGUUAAAGGCAGCGACCAAAAAACAGAAGUAUGAUUGCAUCAUGGAGAAGAAAAUGACUACGCCAACCGAAGUCUUGUGCCGUGGCCUGCCCAACGAGUUCGCCAUCUAUCUCAAUUACUGCCGAUCUCUUCGCUUCGAUGACAAACCUGAUUACAGCUAUCUGCGAAAGAUCUUUCGGGAUCUCUUUGUCCGGGAGGGCUUUCAGUAUGAUUACUUGUUCGAUUGGACUGUCUACAAAUAUCGGAAAAAUGCCGAGGCCAUCGCCAAGGCUGCUGGAGGCAAUGGGCCGGCUGCAGGCAACCGAACUCGGCACUGA